ACUUCUGUUCGGUCGGUUCCGUCCGUUCCGUCUGUUUGUCAACGAGGUAAAGUGAGUGAUUGGUAGGAGAUUAUUUUAUGUUAAAAUAUAUUUAUUUAGGUUAAACUCCGAUAUCUUUUGUAUUUAUGAAUUAUGACUACUGCGGCUAGACCUACUUUCGAGCCUGCUCGUGGUGGACAGGGUCGUGGAGAGAAGGAUCUAUCUGCAAUAUCGAGGCAGUAUUCGAGUAGAGACUUGCCUUCACACAACAAACUUAAGUACAGGGAACAUGGGCAGGGGACCUCAGAAGAACUGCGCUCUCGAGAUUUCCGAAAGGAGUUGGAAGAUCGUGAGAAGGGGAAGAGUGGAGCCCGUGAGAUGCGCAUUCCAGAGACAGUGACACACAAGCGACCCAAAUUGGACCAGGUGCCAGCUGCCAGCCUGGAUGCAGAUGAUCCACUUGAUGAGGAAAAUUCUGAUGACCCUGACAGUGAUGAUGACACAGCACAGCUGCUGGCAGAGUUGCAACGCAUUAAGAAGGAGCGCUCUGUGGAGCAAGCCAAGCGUGAAACUGAGAAGCGGCAAGAAGAAGAAAGGAUUCGAAUGGAAAAUAUCCUUAGUGGAAAUCCAUUACUAAACUAUGCUUCCCAGGUUCAGAAAGGAGACUUAAAGGUGAAGCGACGGUGGGAUGAUGAUGUUGUCUUCAAGAACUGUGCCCGAUCUGAGCCAGACAAGAAGAAGGAGCAACAAUUCAUCAACGACUCACUGCGCUCUGAGUUCCACCGCAAAUUCAUGGAAAAGUAUGUUAAGUGAGCACUUGCACUCCAAACCAAAUAGACAGAUAUCCAGUUGGAGGUGUGAAGGAAUAAUGAAAGCUGAAAAUGCAAUGUGUGCCAUUCAUAAUGAUCAUUUAAUUGGUGUACUGCUUUAUUGUAAUAUCUUAGAGUUCAUAGUGACUGAAGUAAAGAAUUUGCUUUCUCUUA